AUGUCCAAACCCUUCCACGUCGCCAUCAUCGGCGGAGGCAUCGCCGGCGUCACGCUGGCCAUUGCGCUGCACCACCGCCAAAUCCCCGUCACCAUCUACGAACAAGCAGCAGCGUUUGGCGAAGUGGGCGCCGGCGUCUCCUUCAGCCCGAACGCAGUGCAAGCCAUGAAAACCAGCCACGGCGGCAUCUACGACGCAUUCGCGAAAGUGUGCACGCGGAAUCUAUGGCCGUCAAAGCAAAACGUCUGGUUUGAUUAUCUAGACGGAUAUACGAACGAUGCGGUCGCCCAGAGCGGCAACGACCAAGGCAUCGCAUUUACCAUUUCCAACUCGCUGGGUCAGAACGGCGUGCACCGCGCGCACUUUCUAAAUGAACUAAUCAAGCUUGUGCCACAGGGGAUAUCGAAAUUCGAUAAACGGUUGGAGAGUAUCAAUGAGCGAGACGAUGGGAAGAUCGUCCUCGGUUUCGCGGACGGGUCGAAGGAUGAAACGGACGUGGUGAUUGGGUGUGAUGGCAUCAAGUCGUUUGUGAGAUCGACUAUCGUGGGUAAGGAUCAUCCGUCGGCGAGUCCGUCAUAUACGCACAAGUAUGCGUAUCGAGGGCUGGUGCCGAUGGAGGAGGCGGUUAAGGCGGUUGGGGAGGAGUUGGCUUCGAAUUCGUGUAUGCAUAUGGGCCCCGGUGGCCAUAUGUUGACAUUCCCCGUCAACCAAGGCAAAAUCCUCAACAUCGUCGCCUUCCACACGACGACCGACGAAUGGGCUGAUUAUCCCCGUCUGACUCGCUCCGGGAAGCGAGAAGAGGCAUUGAAGGAUUUUGAAGGCUUUGGGCCGAACGUCACCAACUUGCUCAAGUUGACGCAGCCUGAACUGAACAUUUGGGCAAUCUUCGACCUAGGCGACCACCCCGUCCCAACCUUCACCAAAGGCCGCGUGUGCAUCUCCGGCGACGCAGCACACGCCACAUCCCCCCACCACGGCGCCGGCGCGGGUUUCUGCAUCGAGGAUACCGCCGUGCUGGCUACGCUUCUUGCGGAUGACAGAGUACAGAGUCAUAAGGAUCUCGAGGCAGCGCUGGCUGUGUAUGAUGAGAGCCGCCGCGAACGAUCGCAGUGGUUGGUGCAGAGUAGUCGGCGGAUAGGCGAUUGCUACGAGUGGCGGGCUGAGGGGGUGGGGAGGGACUUUGCGAAGAUUGAAGAGGAGAUCAACACGCGGAAUGGGAUGAUUGCGAAUGUGGAUGUGGAUGGGAUGUGUGAGGAGGCGAGGGGGGAGUUGGGGAGGAGGUUGAAUCGGAGUGCUUUGUGA